CUAAAUGGAGGUAUUUCUAGGUCGUUCGAAAGUGAAAAAGCCCAUGCAAUUACCAAAGUCAUCAUUAUCGACAACAUCGUCAUGUUUUCUGUCGGGUAGUAAUAGUAAUAGCAGUAGUACUUUACCAUUUCCAAUAUUGUUUAAAGAAGAUUUCACGGAAUGCAAUUCUGAUCAUGAUGAUAACAAUAAUGAUGGUAUAAACAGUUGUGAACAGUUUACAUUUCAAGCGGUUUUAUUAAAUGGUGCUAAGACAUUAAUCACUGAUUUGGAACAAAUCAAGAUACUUCGAAAAAGAGGUUGUUACGGUUUCAGUCAGAAUAAUGAUUUUAAUCUUCGCAAUAAAACCAACAGUAUACCUAAAGAAUACAGUACAGAUGAUGACGACAAUGAUGAUAAUGACGAUGACGGCGGGGAUACGUCAGAUGCAGAGAAUUCAAUUUAUGAUUUUUGUAUUUCAGAAGGUAUUGAAAAAACAGAUGAAAAUAUUUCCAACGAAACGGACGUUACACAUUUAAUAUUGAAUGAUGUAGAAACGUUGUUUUUACUCCAUGGACUUGGUUGUUUAGACGUUUACUUGCCACCUAAUGGAAAUUCACAGUUUCAUUCAACCAUUGAAUGUCAACAGCUGGAUCCAUUGUCUUUGACUGAGGUCUGGUUUUGUCUGUGUACAGGAUCUGUUGAUUCACCUUGUUUACAAAUUCAAUCAGCACGAGAACAAAUUGAAAAGUAUUCAGAAAAGGAGCUCCAUCUAUUACGCCGUUAUGCUGUAUAUAUAUAUUAUAGAUCUAAGGGUUGGAUUGUACGCCCCGGAUUAUGUGUAGGUGGUGCCGAUUACCUACUUUAUGCUGAAGAUCCCAAUUGGAGACAUGCUUCAUUUUGUGUUCUAGUUGAUAGGGAUUCUACAACUAAGGACGGAGAACAAAUGAAUUGCAGUUCAAUAGCUGCACAUGUUCGUGUUGCACAUUCGGUUGGUAAACGUGUGAUACUUUGUCGCGUAAGUCUCCCAUCAAUGGAGGAGUUUUCUAACAAUCCAUGGGAAGCUGUUCGGAAAACAACAAUUAAGGAAACUCUCAUUGAUUAUUGGAAACCGAAAGCAAAAUGA